AUGGAUAAAGUUAUUGAACCACCGACAGAGCAAGCUGGAAUAGAACUAACUGUAUCAUCAACAAGUACAUUUGGUGAAGUUAGUGGUAGUGAUACAGUUAAAGGACAAAAAAAUGAUGUUGAUUACGAUGAUUUUUAUGAAAAAUUAGAUAGAAUUGAACUAAAUGAAACAGAUAAAGAAUUAUGUCAUAAUGAAGUUGAAGAUGAAUUACGAGAUUUAUCAUAUUUUUCUUCUUCAGGAGAUGAAGAAGUAAUUGAAAAUUUUGGUAAAACAUUAAAAUCUUUCAAAAUAGGUGAGGAAUUGGAUUUAAAAGCUUUUGAUGAUUCAAAAACUAACUUUGAUCCAACGAGUAAAUUUGAUAUGACCGAAGAAGAUUUAAUACGAGGGUCAAGUAGAGAAGAAUAUCUUCAAAUAGUUGGUGAAUGUAGUUUAAUGGAUGAUGACAUUUUUAUUGAGAUAGAGUUACCAAAAAUUAAAAAAACAAGACAUCGUAAAAUUGAUAAAGACAUAGGUUUGAAGAAUAAAAAAUUAAUUCUUCAGCAAAAACUACAGCAAUUUUCAAAUGAACAUCAAAUGAGAGAGGAGAAAUUGGAAGAACAAAAUUUAUAUGAACGCAAAGAAAGGUUAGAAACAAUUAAUUAUUAUAAGAAAAAUGGCACUAAGGAAAACAGUUCACAGCCAAAAAUUAGGUCGAGCAAUAAAGAAAGUUUAAAAAGACAAUUAGGUUAUAUGAAGACUUACGCUCGUAAAGCAGAAGAUGAACGUGAUGAAGCUAAAAAAGCUUUAGUUAAAGCUCAACAGGAUAUUGCGCAAAUGAAUGAUCAAUUUGAAAAUUUAAGGGCAUCUGUUCAAAUUCAUUAUCAAAGGGCCACUCAAACACCUAGUAUCGUAUUUCCCACUCGGUCAAUUUCUUCGACAUCUUUAGAAUUGCCAUCGAAGCAUUUUUUAAGUGAACCCUCAGAUAUUAAUGGAUCGGAACAUAUCGAUAUGAAUACCCUAUAUGGAAGGAUGUUAAAAAUAGCAAAUCGUAUUUGCGGAAACGAAAUUAUAAUGUACGAGACCAAAACCUAUGAUGUUGGGCAUGAAAUUCCUUUUAUUCUUGGAAAUGGUACAGGCAAAUCACAGUGA